CACUCCUGCAGCCUGCUGUAGAAUCAGCUGAUUGCGCAGAAAACCAGAAUCGCGUUUCCAUAAUCAAACGAGCGACUGUCAAAGUGUUGUGUAUAUUUACAUCAGCUGUUUGGCUGAACCGUUUAAAAAAUAAUGCCUUUUAUAUCGAAGGAUUGGCGGUCACCGGGGGAAGCCUGGGUCAAAACACAGGAAGGAUGGGAGAAGAAAAAAGUGCUGGAAAACUGCAAAGCCAUCAAACAAAGUGGCGCAGAAGAACCUUCUACGUACGGUAACACCGAAACUGCCAUCCAACCCCAUUGCCACAUAACAAUAAAAUCCACAAAAGAAAUAGCUGGAUUUAACGAACUAAACGAGGCUGUAAAAAAACUGGACUUCAUGAGCGCUGUGAGAGACGUCCGCCGCUUCAACUACAUUUGCGCUUUACUAGGCUUACUCAUCGGUCAACAAAUGACCGCACUGUCGGGCUGCGCCCAAAAAGUGCUUUUAGCCAUGUUGGAAGAGGUCGCAAGCCAGGCGGUAGCAAGUCAACACAAUCCCCGAAAUUUCAGACAACUGCUCAAAAAUUUAAGAUCGUUGAGUGAGGCCGAACGCUCCUCCUGCUGGGGCGGCCUCCUCGGCUCCCAAGUGCUGUGGAGCGAACACACGGCGAAAAUUGAACGCAUCCUCAAAAUGGCAGCUAAUAUGCAAAUCUGCGAACUCAGCCCGGAGUCGAGGCCGCAAUUGUUGCAGCUGCCGGAGGAGUGCAUCCGGGAGAUUAUUCUAAGAUUGUCAGAUCAUAGAGACUUGACAGCUAGUGCCCAAACGUGCGAGCAAAUGGCCACAAUUGUGGGCGAGCAGCGCGUCUGGAGAGAGUUAACCAAGUUCCACUUUACACCUCAUCAAAUAGAGCUAGUUUUACCAAAAAACGGUGAGAAAGUUGACUGGAAGGAUGUUUAUCACUCACUCAAAAAGUCCUUCGGAUUAAGCGAAGACCGUCAGUACGCAGAAAUGCUGUCGUUGUGUAGAUACUGUCGAUGUCUGUUUUGGCGGUCUUCCGGCCAUCCGUGCAUAGCCGAUCAGUGCCCGGAAUUCCGGGCGAGACUUCAAGAAGCGGGAGGAAUUACUCCGCCCAGUCCUGUUCCUCCUUCGGCCUUUCUGAAGUUUUUCUCCUUGUAGUUGCCUUCGUCCAAUUAAUUUAUUAUGCUUCUGUUGCAUUGUGAUACAUAACUGUGUAUUUUUAGGGGCCGCUAUCUCAUGUAGAUAUAUCGAAUUUACAAAUUCAUAUUUUUACGUACCUACUCUAUAGUGUGUAAUUUUACAAGAUAUCAAAUAUCGGUAAGGAUAUAUUUUUCAUUGGGAAAAUAGCUUGAGUGAUAAGUGGCUGAUAUUUUGCUUUAAAGAAACGAAGUCUGAAGUGAUUAUUUUUUCAAAUAGAUGUAACUCUCAGUGACGAUGUUUGUUCGCCAACAAACAGCAAACGGUGUGACUUUAUAGUGAUAUACAGGCUGUCUCAGCUAACACUUUCGAACUUAAUAUCUCAGUUAUUUAUCAACGAAUUGUUAUGAAAUUUAGAAUGCACAUAUUUUAGGAGGUGGUCUUUCAAUUAGGGGCAAAAAUGACCUCAAGUUAAAAAAUGAAAUUUUAAAACACAUUUCUUUUAUUUAAAAUUAAGCCAAAUUACCGUUGGAUCAUUAAACCCCGAAAAAUAAAUGGCUACCAAAAAAAUUAACCAAAUCGCUCGGCUGAUCCAAGAAAAAAAUUAAAUUUUGUUGGUAAAAACUUAAUCCAAAUUUUGAUAAUAAUUUGGGCAGUCACCGUUUGAAACAAUUGAUGAAGCGUUUCUAUGCGGCAUUUUGUGUACCACUGAAAAAAACUGUCAAAAGUGUGGCGCUGUCAGAAAAGUAAAAUUGUUUUAAUUUGGUAAAAUUACUUUAAAAACCAACAACAGUGGCUGAAAUUUCUGUGUUGUUGAAAAAGAAAUCAGUAUUCGCCUAUGAAAAGUGUCGUUGGCCUUUUUGUGAAAUGUUAUUUAUGAAACUUAAAGUUCAAAGAAUCGUCAAUAAUUUGAAGACACAGGAAGCGAACCUGAACUAAAUCGAGUGAGGACAAAACAGGUCACUGGAAACGAAGCAAUAGUUGGGGCUGUAAUUCAAGCUUUUGAAGAGAAUCCAAUCAGCAGUGUACGAAACAUUUCCAAAGUCCUGAAUGUUCAAGUGUCUAAAAUUUUUCAGUUGUUGUUCAGUCUUUUAGUCUUUUUUAAAAGAAUUAAAGCAUCCAGUACCAAAAGUAAGUCACAAAUAUUGUUUUUUUAACUUUGUAUGGGUGAGAGAUAAUUGUGAAAUGUCCCUUGCGUGACAGUUACGUUUCUGCGAGUAGGAUUGACCAAAAUUCAUUUGUUUCAUAGAGAUCUAGGCUUUUGCAUUUGUUUAACAGUUUGUUUCUCAUUUUUCACGCGAAACAGAUGUCUUUCACGAACGAGUUUUUUCUGACAGCAUUUUUCACUGACGAUAUUUUUUUUAAUAUAAGUCUUACAAGGCUUGAUAUUUUAAAAAGGCAUGUAAAAAUUACGUUUUUAAGACUUGAGUUGUUGUAUUAAUUGGAUUUUAAUCUUUAUCUUCUAAAAUAUCUGCAUUUUAAAUUUCAUAAAAAUCCGUUGACAAAUAUCUGAGAUAUCAGGCUCGAAAGUCUUAGCUGAGACACCCUGUACUUUUGUCUUGCUUUAACAGUUAAGUCCGUAUUCCCACUUGAUUUCUCAAAAAUUUACAUUUUUUGUAAUAAAACAGGAUUCACUAGUCAACUUACUCUGAUCGUUCUAUUUAAAAAAGUAACAGCUUAGUUCUCUUAUAUCUCUUACGAUAUAAUACUACUUUUUUUUUGUAAAAUUAAUUAUUUCGUAAGGACUAAUCUGGCGUCAAAAGAGUCAAGAUUAAUUUAAGUGUAUUGUUCUCGGACCACUAAUAAAUAAUAAUAAUAACAAUAAUAGUACUAUGUGUCCAGUGAUAUUAAAUCUAAAAGUUUACUUAAAAUCCCAUGUGACAUAAGAUUUAUUUUAUCUUAUUAACUUUAAAUUUGUUGCUUUCUCAUGGUUAAUAAUUAGUCAAACUAGAGUUUAACAAGUAGUCAUGAAAUAACUGUAUUUUGUAUUAAUGUUCUAGUGAUGUAUAACACACUUGUUGAUUAUACACACUAUGCACUGAAAAAAAUCGGCAUUUAAAAAUUACGAUUAGAUCAUAAGACUAAUAUCAUCGAAACUAAUAAAUAAAUAUUUGUCUGACAAAGGAGUCUAUUUUAAUCGCACGUCCGUACGUAAGAAUCACGACUCAAUUUGAUCUGAUUUUCUCUGUUUGAAUCAGUUUCCAAAUGAUUUUACGUUACAUCACACUUACAGUGCUGUCCAUUAUGAAAUUUGUUCUGUACAGGUUUAUUGUUUGAAUAAUAAAUAAAUACAAAAAUUA